ACACCGGGAUUCUGUUUCCUGACUCCGGUCAACCACAAUUCAUCGGUCGGUACGCGAUCAGUGUGAACCGUCCCAUUGAUAUAUACGCACUGCAAGAAUCAUUCGCCCGAUUUAGUAAUGUGACCCAGGUAGAGUCCUGGGCAUUUUGGGUCUCGCGUGGUGCAAUGAGUGAGAUUUUGUUUCAUUCCGUGCAGCAAAACUUGAGUCUGUUUCAAAGGAAACAAUUGCUGGUCUACGACGGGACGGCAGAUCCAGAUCGAUGCUGGACUAUGUGCUAUCCGAAUGUGGAUGGACGGACCAGGUGUGGUUAUGACAGUCAGAAUCGGGAAGUCUACUGUGUCAAGGUCGAUCUGAAAGAUGCUGAUUUACGCGCACUCGGACGUAUUCGGGCAGAGGUUGGUGCCGUAUGGGAUGACGUAGGUACUGAACAGGUGAGGCUGGCUAUUCUUUAUUGUACAUAA